CGUGACUGUUGAGUCUCCUUAUUUUGAAGCUUCGAACACAGCUCCAAUUUUGUUAUGCUCUCGAUCCUCUCCAUGUUUUGUUGUGAUGUUCAAUGUCAAUGUCACAAGCGAUUGGUGAUAGUUUUUAAAAAUCAAAACAUUCUGAAAAUGCUUAAAUAAAAUUCUGGAUUUCUUACAAUGGAAAAUAUUACUGCUGCUAUAUCUUAUGAAAACGCAACGGAAAAUCUCUCGCCAGAAGAGUUUCAAAAGUUGCUGAAAACAUGGUUUCAAGAAAAAGGGGUAAUUUCAGAAAUGAAAGUCCAGUUACGCUACAAAAUGAUAAAUAUACUGAAAAACACAGUUGCUGGUAGAUGUAUCGUUGAAAAAAGUGCCCAACGAACUAGUCUAGCAAUGCAGGCAAUAAAUUUGAUAAUAGCAGAAUUUUUAUUGCAAAAUCAGUUCCACUACUCACUAUCACUUUUCAACACUGAGGCUGCAGUUGCAAACAUUUUCCCUGAACAUGUAUAUAAAAGUGGAAUAGCCGAUAAAAAGGAUCAGUUCAGACUAGAUUAUGAAAACUUUUUGAAUGUUAUGGAAUUAAUAGGUGUUUCAAAAACAUCAGAUGAAUGUAAAGAAUUGGUGAACUUAUACUAUGCAGAUUCAGGGUAUAAUUCAGUAUUAGAAUCUCUUGUUCACUUAUUAUGUAAAAUUAUUAACAAACAGAUUAAAGAAGAUAAUACUACAUCAUAUGUAGAUCUGACAAACGAAACUAAUUUUAUCAAGGGCGUUGGAAGAGUUUUGAUACAAGAAGGAAUGUCUCCUUCUAGAUUCAAUUGUGCCAUUGAAAAUAUAAAAUUACUACAUAGUUGUGAGUUGAAAGACAUACAAAAAAAGUAUAUGAAUACAAUACAUACUCUUAGAACUGAAGCAAAUAAUUAUCAAAACCAACUUGAGCAAAUACAGAAGGCUAAAUAUUUGGCUGAAGUUCAACUUAAACAAAUACAUAAAGAACAUAAAGUCCUUAAACAGCAUGUGAAAAGAUAUGCAAAGCAAACUAUGAAUGACCAACUACCAGCAAAAAAGGAUCAGACUGUUUACAAUGAAGUGGUCUGCAAUUUGAAACAUUGUGAUGACAGUUGUAGACACAUGGCAUACACAGUGGAGAAUUUAAAGAAAGAGAAUGAAAAAUUACUACGAAGGAAUAGAGAACAAUUAGAAGAAAUUAAUAAGCUGUCUACAAAUUAUAAGGAUUUAGUAAAGGAUUUUCUAACUUGCCAGAAAAAAAUUGAACUUCUAAAUACCAAACUGAAAGAUACUGAUGUAAGAAUACUGGAUGACACAUCUGUAGACAACAAAGAUUUAGAUAGUUGUAGCAGUCAAGGUUCAGAAAGUAUCACUGAAAGGGUCUUGCAAGAAGCAAGGACAAAGCUCAAGCAGUUGGAAGAGGAAAGCAAACAUAUUGAAGAUGAUUAUCAGCUUUUGAGGAAAGGCUUACACAAGUUUAAAUUAUGACAGACCUAAUAAAGUCUUAAAAUAUAUGCAAAAAAUUAUUCAAUGAUUAUGUGAUAAAUGUAAUAUACAGUGCAUCCCAAAAGUUAUGCCUAAAUUCAUUUAAAAUUCAGGGGUGUGUUCGAAAAAAAACGCUCGUACCCGUCGAUUAUUAUUUCAAGUUGCGCAUUUUUGUACGUGAAGUUUGUAUAUACAGGGUUGCUCAAAAAUAAAUUACGACCAUCAACUUCAGUUUUUCGAAUGAAAGCACGUUUUUUUAUUUCAUUUUUGAAUUUCGCGUGGAAUUCUACGUAUGUUUCAUGCAUCAUGUCCUAUACCUAAAGUUAACAGUUAUCGAAAAAUACGGCCGAACAUUAUUAUUGAGGGUCACCUUACGAGUCACUGUAUCUCUUAGAAUUUUUAUAAACAGACCAAAAUUCCAUUCAGUCGUGUUUGUUUAAUGAUGGCUGGUGACCGUGUAUUUUCAUAGAAACUGUAUGGCAAUUGUACGCCAAACAGAUAUUGUCAAGUGUACGAGCAAAGUUGCGGUUUUCACAAUGGUGAAGUUAACGGAACGAGACAAAAUAGAAAUUCUGUGCAUGGUUGGGUUUGGUGAUAGAACACGUACUCAAAGAGAAGCUGCUCAAUUAUUCAAUGAAAUCCAUCCUGAUUGUCCUCCGAUAUGUCAAAAGCUGGUGAGUAGAAUAGAGGCUAAAUUUAGAGAAUUCGGUCAUUUUAAAGAUCUGCCGAAAUCUGGUCGUCCUGCUCGAGAUGAAAAUGAACAACUUGACGUUUUACUUUCUUUGGAAGAAAAUCCAUGCACUCCUCUGUCGCAGAUUGGGGCCAAUUUACACAUGGCGAAAUCGGUAGUUCACCGAAUAGUUAAAAAGCACAAAUAUCACCCCUACAAAGUUAUUCCUGUGCAAGAGUUAUUUGAAGACGAUUUCGAUAGGCGAAAUGAGUUUUGUAAAUGCUUGCAAAACAUGUGCGAAAUAAUAAUUUAGUAACAAAUAUUAGUUUUUCCGAUGAAGCCACGUUCUGUUUGAAUGGUUGUGUGAACAGACAAAAUUGUCGAUAUUGGGCAACAGAAAAUCCGCAUUGGAUGAUGGAGGUGAACACCCAGUACCCUCAAAAACUAAAUGUGUGGUGUGAAUAGUGCGCGGAAGCGUAAUAGGUCCACUUUUCUCUUAAAACAGACUUUAAAGGGACAAAUGUAUCUCGAUUUUCUCCAAUUUGAAUUAGUUCCAGCAUUACGAGCUUUAUUUGCAAAUCCAUUGGACUCAGACGAUCCUGACGAAGAACUAAUUUUCCAGCAAGAUGGUGCUCCUCCGCACUAUGCUGCCACUGUGCGUACAUUUUGGGAUGAAACCUUUCCCAAUCGGUGGAUAGGAAGGAGAGGACCCAUCGAAUGGCCUGCUAGGUCGCCUGACCUAACACCAAUGGACUUUUUUGUGGGGAUACCUCAAGUCGAAGGUAUUUGUUAAUAGGCCAAAUAAUCUAGACGACUUGAAAGAGAGGAUUAGGAGCGAAGUGCGCGCCAUUACCCCGGAAAUGAUUGAAAAUGUGCAACGAGGCUUUAUUGAUCGCCUUGGAUAUUGUCAAGCCGUGAAUGGUAACCAUUUUGAACAUUUAAUUUAAUUUUUGUUCUUUUUUCAUUUGUUACAUGAAUGGUCUUUUUUUCGAUAACUGUUGACUUUAGGUAUAGGACAUGAUACGUAGAAUUCCACGCGAAAUUCAAAAAUGAAAAAAAAAAUGUGCAUUCAUUUGAAAAAAUGAAGUUGUUGGUCGUAAUUUAUUUUUGAGCAACCCUGUAUAUACAAACUAUACGUACAAAAAUGCGCAACUUGAAAUAAAAAUCGACGGGAACGAGCGUUUUUUUUU